AAGAGUAUUCACCGGAAUCUGGUAAAAGCUUUAGAAUAUCGUUUUCAUUGCCGUCUUUUUGAAAAAUAAAUGUGGUGGCGAUCUGCUUCUUUCAUUCUCGACAGGAACGACAAUCCUCUCCAAAACGACACCGUUCCUAACCCCGAAAGCCGUCUUCUCACUCCGCCGUCAUCCCACAUGGCUGACACCAACCCUAACCCUAACCCUAACCCCAUCAACAACAUAUCCGCUUACUAUCAAACAAGAGCGGCUCACCACGGCGUCGUCACCAGCGACUGGCUCGCCCAGGCUCAAGCCGCCGUUGGCCGCGAUCAGCCAUCCGAUUCGGACACUUCGCUCAAGUCCAGCGCCUCUGAAAAGCCGUUUAGUGUGAUUGAGGAGUUUAAUAACUGGAGGAAACAACCUGAUUUGGCUGAAGCGGUGGCGGCUAUUAGGGCUUUGGCUUCUGUUAUUAGGUCUAGUGAGGCUAAUACCAUUGCCGAGCUUCAAAGCGAACUCAAGUCGGCUUCUGAUUCUCUCAAGUCAUGGGACAGAACAUCCAUCUCAUUGACAGCUGGCUGUGAUCUCUUUAUGCGUUACAUAACAAGAACAUCAGCUUUUGAAUAUGAGGAUUUUAAUUCAGCCAAGUCUCGCUUCCUUGAACGUGCAGAGAAAUUUGGGGAGAUUUCUUAUAAGGCUCGGAAGAUCAUAGCAAUGCUAGGUCAAGAUUUUAUCUUCAACGGUUGUACAAUCCUGGUGCACGGUUUUUCAAGAGUUGUUCUUGAAAUUUUGAAGACCGCAGCAGAAAGUAGGAAAGUCUUUCGAGUUCUCUGCACAGAGGGGCGGCCAGAUAGGACAGGAUUACGAUUUGCCAAUGAGCUGGCAAAGGUGGACGUACCUGUGAAACUGUUGAUCGAUUCAGCAGUAGCAUACAGUAUGGAUGAAGUGGACAUGGUAUUUGUUGGGGCGGAUGGAGUUGUUGAAAGUGGAGGCAUCAUUAACAUGAUGGGAACUUAUCAGAUUGCUUUAGUGGCUAAAACCAUGGACAAACCUGUUUAUGUUGCAGCCGAGAGCUACAAGUUUGCUCGUUUGUAUCCGUUGGAUCAAAAGGACAUGGUGCCAGCCGCACGGCCAAUUGAUUUCGGUGUACCGAUACCAUCAAAGGUUGAGGUGGAAACAUCGGCACGGGAUUACACCCCACCUCAAUAUUUAACCCUGCUUUUCACAGAUCUGGGUGUGUUGACACCGUCUGUGGUUAGCGAUGAGCUUAUCCAGCUUUACUUGUAAUCCUUUUUUACAUGUUUGAUUAAUUUUGCAAGGGAACUUCCUGCUAGCAACAUUAAAAGUACGUUUUUUUGUUCUGUUUUCUCGCGGCUAGUUUCUUGCAAGUCGGUUUUUAUCUAUAUAGUUUUAUUUGUUAGAAAA